GUACAAUAAUAUGUUUUAUGUCAUCAUUGUAUCAAACAAUCUAUUUUAAAACUGAUUCUAUUUUUAAAACUUGGUUUUUAUGUUUAUUUUUAACCUGUUGAAUUAUCACCGAGCUAUUUAUAAAUCGUGUGUCCUUGGCCUCAUUGAUAGCCAAUGAAAUUGCAGAUAAAUGAUCACGUGAUUGUCACUUUUGUUUAACCCUGUAUGAAGAAGGACGCUUUUAUGACACAAAGAGAUUGUUUAAUCGAUAAGUUAAUAGACGGAAAAGUUAACGUUCUGGCCGUGAACUUCAGUUUAACUUAAAAGUAUUGCACGCGGGAAGAUUUGUUCUUUAACAAAUGCGGUUCCACUAAAACAGAAAACCAUGCCUAAGCGGGCGUCAGUCAACACACAAAAACCAGUAUCAAAGAGAAAGAAAUCUACGGGGGCAUCGGCGACGAAUGCCGAACCUGUUGAACAAAUCGACUAUGAUUUAUUAGCUGCCGCCAUCCUAAGACAAACACAGAACUCGAGCAACAGCUCUAUGACUCAGGGUAGCAGCUACAGUGUGGAUCAUACUAAUUUAUCCGUGUGUGACAUAUACAAUACCAAUGUUGACGAUCAGGAAGUGUCUACAUUGGAUGUUGCCACUCAACAAAGAGUAAAUAACACUGCAACUAAGAAUCUUGCAAGCCUGUCCCCACCAGCAGAGUCCCAACAACCUACAGAUUCAACAGCAUCUGUGGCUAAAUUGGUUAAUGCGUUAUUGAAUCAAGACGCAGGUGAGCCAGCAACAGCACAAGUUAGAAAUGUAAUUUCUUUGUCCGAUGGGAUUCCUCUUGGUGCUGCAACAUCCCAACGCUUAAAAGCUAAGGUCUGGGCAAACCAAUUUAUAGAUUUAAGUUUGUUGUUGCAACGUCGAGAGGAACCUAUAUCCUUGAGUAUCACAACUGGGUCUGUAACGGGACAGCAGGGGCACUCAAAACCAAAGGCGCCCCUGUCUAUUCAACAGUGGACUGACGCCUUUUUGAUUUUCAUGGGGAUUUACAUAGAAAAGCUCCCAGACCAAGCCCCCCACUUCUUAAAAUAUUGUUACUACAUAAGGGAAUUGAGUAAACUUUUAGGAGAUAAGGCGUGGAGUGUAUAUGAUGAAAACUUUCGUAUGUUGAAAGAGUCCACUGACUUGCCAUGGCAAAAACCGGUCGAGGAAUUACGAAUCAAAGCUGCCUCCACUCAUUAUCAGUUACAGCAGCCCUUUCGUUCAAGCACAGGCAAUAAGCCUAUCAAAUUCUGCUACGCAUUCAACAAUGGGGACCAAUGUAUCCACAACCCCUGCCCUUAUACUCACAAAUGCCAAGCAUGCUCCAGUUCCCAUGCAAGGGUCAACUGCAGGGUUAGAAAACAAAAACAACCAACAAAUUCAACCGCUAAGUCCUCAUCAAGCACCCAAUCAGCUUCCUUCUCCAGUCAACCCAAAAAGUUUAAGUAGCUUUCUAGCUAAGUAUGAUGGUAACCUUGCUUCUUACAUCAUAAACGGCUUUACUGAUGGUUUUAGAUUAGGGUGUAUAUCUGCCCCUUCACCAUGUGUACCCCAAAACCAUAAAUUCACUUUGGAACACCCAGAAAUUAUUAAACAUUAUAUACAAGUGGGUUUAAGCAAAGGACGUAUUGCUGGCCCAUUCGCACACAAACCAUUUGCAAAUUUUGUUGUAUCCCCAUUGGGAUUGGUCCCAAAAAGCAAUACAGGAAAAUUUAGGGUAAUUCAUGAUCUUUCUUUCCCAAAAAACCAAUCAGUCAAUGCUAAUAUACCAAAAGAAAAUUCGGUAGUGCAGUAUGAUUCCAUAGAUCAAGUAGUUCAUUUAGUUCAAAAAUUUGGGCACGGUUGCUUAAUGGCAAAGACAGAUAUUGAAGAUGCAUUUCGCAUUAUCCCAAUCCACCCAUCUGAUUAUUAUUUGUUGGGAUUUACUUGGGAGGGUCAGUUCUAUUACGACAAAUGUCUACCUAUGGGGGCAAGCAGUAGCUGUAAAAAUUUUGAAUCUUUUAGUACAGCUCUACAAUGGGUAAUGGAACAUGUUUUUCAUGUCUCUGGGAUGUCGCAUAUUUUGGAUGAUUUUUUCUUUGUGGGGCCCCAAAAUUCGGUUAGUUGUAGGAAUGAUCUUGCCAGUUUUCUAUUUCUGUGCAAGUCAAUUGGUGUACCGAUCAAGAUGGAAAAAACUCGAUCACCUACAACCAACAUUGUCAUUUAUGGAAUUGAAGUAGAUUCCACAAAAAUGGAGUGUCGGCUCCCGUUAGAUAAAAUCCAAAAAAUAAGCGACAAGCUGAACGUAUUUAAAAGGUGCAAAAAGGUCACAUUGAGAGACAUGCAGUCUAUCAUCGGUCUUCUAAAUUUUGCUUGCUCUGUUGUGGUACCAGGUCGUACAUUUCUUCGUCGUUUGAUAAACUUGACAUGCGGCGUAACAAAUCCAAAAUUCUACAUUAGAUUGAAUAAGGAUGCUAGGGCCGAUUUAGACACCUGGGCUAAGUUUAUUGACCACUUUAAUGGAAAGUCAGUAUUUUUGGACAAUGUUUGGGUAACAUCAGACCAUCUCAGCUUAUACACGGAUGCUUCUGGUGCUUUUGGAUUUUCAGCUGUUUUAGGUGCACAGUGGUUUGCAUGUGAAUGGCCAAUUGAAUUGGAGGAUUAUACUAUUUGUGUAAAAGAAUUGUUUCCAAUUGUCCUUGCUUUAGAAGUGUGGUCAAGCCAAUUUCAAAAUAAAAAGGUUUUGUUCCUAUCAGACAAUAUGGCUGUGGUAGAGGUCAUCAACAAGAAAUCCUGUAGGGAUAACUCAUUAAUGAGAUUGCUUCGUAGACUUGUUUUAGUGUCAUUACGGUUCAAUAUCCAUUUUAGAUCAAAGCACAUACCUGGGAAAUUGAAUGUUACAGCUGACAGAUUAUCCCGUUUUAAAUUUCAGGACGCCUUUCGGGAAACACCACAUUUACACAGUCAACAAACAAAAAUUCCAGCGGAACUGCUUUACAUUUAACAAACUCAGCACAUAGACUUCUACAAGCUUCAUUGGCCCCAUCAACAAGGAAAGCAUACCAACACUCAUGGCAGCUUCUCCUUACCUGGGCCAAUUCCAUAUCAUUACCUAUACCUUCCAUUACACUGUGUAAUUUUAUGGGUCAUUUCUUUAAACCGGAUAUUCACCAAGCUCAAUAGCAUCACACAUUUCAGCUUUGACAUACAUCCAUAAAAUUUUAGGAUUGCCAGAUCCAGCUCAGUGUUUCUUGGCGCAAAAGAUGCUAAGAGGCUGUUACAAAUUAGGUCCAACAGUAGACACUCGUCUACCAAUUACUGGUGAAAUUUUAAAAAGCAUAAUAAAUGCAUUGAGUCAUACAGUUACUAAUCAGGCCCAAUCAUUAUUACUAAAAGCUUUAUUUCUGGUUGCAUUCCAUGGGUUUUUCAGAUUGGGGGAAUUAGUUGUUACAUCAAAAACACAGUCAGUCAGAGUCAUUCAAAGAUCAGAUGUGCAUUUUGAGGCAGUAAAUGGCAAGCUGAAGCAGGUGCAAUUAGUCCUGCGAAAUUUCAAAACCAUUAAGUGUGGGCAACCACAGAUUAUUACCCUAGAAGCAUCAGUCAAUACUAAUGCAUGCCCAGUACAUGUUUUAUUCAACUUCCUGAAACAUUAUCGUCAUUCCGGUGGACCUCUUUUCCAGUUUUUAAAUGGUUGUCCUGUGUCUUAUUCCUUUGUAGCACAAAAGUUGAAUCAAGUUAUAACAUUCAUUGGGCUCGAUCCAAAACAAUAUAAGGGUCACAGCUUUAGGAUUGGAGCUGCUACUCAUGCCUCUAAGCUGGGGUUUUCAGAGAAUGCUAUUCAGAAUAUGGGUAGAUGGAAGUCUGAUGCUGUCAAACGUUACAUCCGUUUGGGUUCAUUUCCUGUCACACUUCAUUGAUGAAAAUUCCUUGAACACAUAUUUAGGGAUUUAGAGGUAGUCUAGUCAUUAGUUAUGUCAGUAUUAGCAUACUAUCCCAGCCAGUUAGUAGUGCAAUUUUUGUCUAAAUUCCAACCCCUUUUUUCAUCGUAGUUCAGAUGAUGUCUGCUACCACCUCCAGGGUCUGUAGUUCAGAUUAUGUCUGCUACCACCCCCGUGAUUUGUAGUUCAGAUUAUGUUUGCUACCGCCUCCAUGAUUGGUAGUCCAGAUUAAAAUAUUGUAAUAAAACAUUUUCCCAUAUACUUCAGUGUUAAAUUCUAGGUGAAAUAAAUCAAGCAGUAAACAAAAUUUUGAAAAUUCCUAUAAUGGUGGAUUAUUUUUAUUUGAUGAACCCUUCAAAAUGAUAUCAUGAUUACAAAUAUUCCACCAUCCAUUUAUUAGAUAUGAAAUAUGGUCAUUAUACAUUGAAUACCUUAACGUAGGUCGCGGGUUUACAGACCUUUUUUUUCUCACUCGAAAACCCCAUCUGAAAAUUUGACCGAUGUAUCUUGUGUCACAAUUAAUGUAUAUAUUUCCCGAUUAUAGCUCCAUAGAUGUUAGGAUCUUUAUCAUGUUAGAUAAUUAAAUAUCUCAAUGUGUUUCCAUAGUAUGCGAAUCGUUCACCAGGUAUGCUUGAACAUUUAAAUCCCGUGCAGUUAGUUUGGGUGUAGCAAUUGCCGGGUGCGGACGUGUUUAUCCGCAUUGAUAUUCAUGUAUUUCAUCUAGUAAUAGUCAUCAAGUUUUGAUACCUUGUGACCAGAGUCCACUACUUCUGAGGUAAGUUUACUCAUUACUUCAAUAUUUUUAUUCCACAUUUAUUCCUAAAAUGGCCAACGUACAAAGUUCUUUACAAUUUAUAUUAGAAUUUACUGUGAUAGUUCUUGUGAGUAUACAAUACAUUCAUAUGCUAUUUUACUUCAAAUGUAUAUGUACUUACCUAAACGUAUAUGUACGGUGUACUGUUCAUGCCAGAGUAUUGGGAAACGCCCAGAGUAUGCAGUAAAAUGCAGUGUGUAAAGUGUAUAUGCAGUAAAAUGCAGUAUGUAAUGUGUAUAGGCAGUAAAAUGCUAUUAAGUAUAGUAUAGUAUAGUAUAGUGAAGUAUGCAGUAAAAUGCAAUGUGUAAAAUGUACCUGCAGCAAAAUGUAGUCUGUGUAAAGUGAAGUAAAGUAAGUGUUGUAUGUGUAUUGUAACAGUAUAUCUGUAAUUGUUUUUACAAAUUUUAUCGUUACAGAUCCCUUCUUCAUUUGACUCCUAUUUGAAAAACGGUAAAGGAUGAACAUUUGUGUAUAACUUGAGUGUAUUAAAACAGUAUAAACCUUAAAA